AUGAGUUUGAUGAUGAUUGUGAUGAACGUAUCCUUGAAAUAAUUGAUCUUGUAUUUAAUUACGGUGCAAAAGUUGUGGAUUUAACUCCAGAAAUUUUUAUUGUUGAUCAAAGUCACUGUGCAAGAUAUCAAGUAAAAUCUGUUGCUGCGAAUUUAGAGAAUUUUCAUAUUUCCGUGAAUUCUACUGAAAUUGCUGAUUUUCAAUCUCAGUGUCUUGAAGAAAUUCAAAGGAUGAAAUCAUUAAAAAUUACUGGAUUUAAUAUAUCGAUUUAUGAUUUGUUAAUAAAACCACAUAGAGCAAUUGGUAUGUACAUGCGAAAUAAGACUGUUGUUGAAUUGUUAGAUGCAAUAAAUUUCGAAGAAAAAUUCCCUUUAUAUGCCGGUAAAUUGAAAGUUUGUGUAAUGAGAGGUAAACUUGAGUGUCGACUACUGGAAUUAGCUUAUCAUUGUCUUGAAGUUCUAAAAGUGAAGUUACCUGAUGUUGUCGUCUCUGAAAUUGUUUCGUACUUUGACACUUCGGACUUACAUCGUUUAAUUAUUGCUUCGCCUAUUUCUAGCAAAAAGAAAAAGUCAGUUCAAUAUCACGAAGAGCUUUCUGAAAUUCUUAAUUCACUGUUCUUCUCUGCUUCUUCAUCAUUAUUUCGAAGUUGUAAAAGUGAGGCUACCUGAUGUAUUUUGAAUCGUUUCGUACUUUGAGACUUCAGUCUAACAUUGUUUAUUUAAAACUUCGCCUAUUUCUGGUGAAAUGAAAAAGUCAGCUCAAUAUUAAGAAAAUGUUAGUUAAUUUGAAUAUUGUUUAUUUGUUCAUUAAUUUAUAAACAUAAAAUGCUAAAAAAUGUCAAUAUAAAUAUAAGUAUAUAAUACAUAACAAACAAGUAGGAAAAUAUUACACAAGUAUAAAAAUGUUUUUUUUAUAUAUAUAAUACUAUUCUGUAAUGUAAUUUUUUAAAAAUUUUAUAAUUUAUAAAAUAAAAAUUUACAAAUAUCUAUUUUUUCUUACUUUAUACAAUUUUCUUUAUUAAACGUAUUCGAUAUUUAGGAAUUUAUUUAAUCCUUUUUAAAUAAGAAAAUUAUAAUAUAAUUAAAUUAUAUUUAUUAAUCAUAUAACUGGGUUCAAAAGAAACACAACUUCCUACGUUACUGCUUUUGAGUUACUGACGCCAUUGCUUCCCCUCUAACUCUUCUUGUU